GAGACCCCUUUGUCUGAAUGCGGAUGUUGGGCCGUGAGAGCCUGAAGUUCCUGCUAUUCCUCUCUCUCUGAAUGAAGAUUGAGCUUCACUCCAAACUGCAACGUCUUUACUCUGUCCAACAUCUACCAGCUGAAGGUGGAAGUUUCAAAAUCAACAGCUUAUGCCCGAAACGUCGACUCUCCAGCUCCUCGGAUUCUGCUUGACCUGCCGUGCUUUUCCAGCACUACACUUUUUGACUGACUCUCCAGCGUCUGCAGUCUUCGCUUUCACGUCAAUGUUUGACAGUCACUCAAUCCAUAGGAACCACAACGAUGUUUGACAAUGCUUCUGUGAGAAUCAGCAACACUUUUGGUUUUCAGUAGAUUUUCAGUAUCAGUGGGACUGGAUGAGAGAGACUACUGUUGCAGUGCACUGUGUGUGGAGUUGGAAACAGUUAUACGGCCUGGAAAGAGGAAUUCAAAGUGGUGAGGGGCUGUACACACGUUUGUGUGCAGCUGAAGUUUCGGCCAUGGAGAAUCCUGAGGAAUCCCUCCCUGUGGAGAAACCGUGGAAGUGUGGUGACUGCGGGAAAGGCUUCCGUUUCCCGUCUGACCUGGAUGUUCAUCGGCGUGUUCACACCGGGGAGAGGCCAUUCUCCUGCCCCGAGUGCGGGAAGGGCUUUACCCGCUCUUCCCACCUGUUGGCCCACCAGUGGAUCCACACAGGGCAGAGGCCAUUCACCUGCCCCGAGUGCGAGAAGGGCUUUGCCCAAGCCUGCGCUGUCGUGGCUCACCAGCGGGUCCACACUGGGCUGAGACCCUUCCCCUGCCCUGAGUGUGGGAAGGCUUUCAGCAAAUCCUCUGACCUGCUGGUCCACCGGCGGUCCCACACGGGAGAGAGGCCCUUCAGCUGCCCCGAGUGCGGGAAGGCCUUCAGCAAUUCCUCCGCCCUGCUGAGGCACCAGCGGGUCCACACGGGGGAGAAGCCAUUCUCCUGCCCCGAGUGCGGGAAGAGCUUUAACCGCUCCUCCCACCUGCUGACCCACCGGCGGGUCCACACUGGGGAGAGGCCCUUCAACUGCCAGGAGUGUGGGAAGGCCUUCGGUGAUUCCUCUGCCCUGCUGAAGCACCAGCGGGUCCACACCGGGGAGAGGCCGUUUUCCUGCCCUGAGUGUGGGAAGGGCUUUAAACGCUCCUCCGACCUGCUAGCCCAUCGGCGGGUCCACACUGGAGAGAGGCCCUACAGUUGCCCAGAGUGCGGGAAGGGCUUCACCCAGGCCUCCAACCUGCUGACCCACCAGCGGGUCCAUACACAGGAGAGGCCCUUCAGCUGUCCCGAGUGUGGGAAGGCCUUCAGCAUUUAUUCCAACCUGCUGAUGCACCAGCGGGUCCACACCGGGGAAAGGCCAUUUGCCUGCCCCAAGUGCGGGCGGAGGUUCACAUGGUUGAGUAACUUGCAGAGGCACCAGCGGGGACACAACGGGGAGAGGCCGUUCACUUGCCCUGAGUGUGGGAAGGGCUUCAGUCAUGUGGGCAACCUGCAGAAGCACCAGUGGGUCCACACAGGGGAGAAGCCGUUCACACACUCAGCACAUGGGAAGAGAUUUGCUUUGAAUUCUUUUACCCUUCUGAUCCACCAACGGGUCCAUACCGGCGAGAGGCCAUUCACCUGCUCUCAGUGCAGGAAGGGCUUCACCCACUCCUCCCACCUGAGGAGCCACCAACGCGUUCACACCGGGGAGAGGCCAUUCUCCUGCACCGACUGUGGGAAGGGAUUCAGUUGGCUGUGCAACCUGUUGGCACACCAGCGAGUUCACACUGGGGAGAGGCCAUUCACCUGCUCCAUGUGCGGGCAGGGAUUCAGUCGGAUGGGCAACCUGCAGACGCACGAGCGGGUCCACACGGGAGAGAAGCCGUUCACGUGCCCCGUGUGUGGGAGGGGGUUUGCUCAGUCAUCUACCCUGCUGGUCCACAAGCGGGUCCACACGGGGGAGAGGCCAUUCACCUGUUCAGUGUGCGGAAAGGGAUUCAGUCGGAUGGGCAACCUGCAGACACAUGAGCGGGUCCAUACGGGGGAGAAGCCAUUCACGUGCCCCGUGUGCAGGAGAGGCUUCAGUCAUGUGGGCAACUUGCGGCAGCAUGAGCGGGUCCACACUGGGGAGAGGCCAUUCACCUGCUCAGAGUGCGGGAAGGGAUUCAUCGAUUCCUCUGGCCUGCUGACCCACCAGCGGGUCCACACCGGAAACAACCUGCUCACCUGCUCUCUGUGCGGGAAGGGCUUCACCAGCUCCUCCCACCUGCGGAGGCACCAGCGAGUACACGUGCCAUCGCAGGGGAAUUGAAGGAACAGUGGCCGAGUGCCAUUAUCAGCUGGACUAUCGACCCAGUUCUGGAGACUCCUGGGUUCAAAUCCCGCCGUGGCAGGUGGCGGAAUUGGAAUUUGGUCAGAAAUCUGGAAUUCAGAAUCUAAUGAUGAAACAGUUUUCAGGGCAAAAACGAAAAUCCCCAUCUGAUUCACUCAUGUCCUUUUCAGGGAAGGAAACUGCUGUUGUGAGAAAGGAUUCACUUGGUCAUCCCAGCUGCAUCCUUUACCCGGUGUGGCCUACACGUGACCCCAGACCCACAGCCAUGUGGCUGACUCUUGACUGCCCUCCCUCAUGCCUGGGAAAUGAGUGGGGAGAAAUUUACUUGGACAUAGAGAAUAGGUUGAAAUUGCUGAGUGAGGCAAUACUUCCUGUGGGUUAAGGCUGUACCAAGGAUCCAAUUACAAAGGGACAACCAAUAGUAAAGAAAAUAGGGGAUGGGGAGUGUGUGUGCUUUGACCUUGAGCUGUUUUAAAAUGAAAUAAGCUACUUUUCAUAUGCCUUUUUGCUGGGGAAAUCUGAAGCUGUAACAAAGUUGGGUCACAAUAAAGGUUAC